AUGGAAUUCGGCAUGCAAUUCUUUCCGUGCGUCGGGCCGGAUCAGCGCCCGGCGGACGCGUAUUUCGACGACUGCCUCACUCUGUGCGAGCUGUGCGACGAAUACGGAUACACCCAUAUCCGCACGGUCGAGCAUUAUUUUCACCCCUAUGGCGGCUACAGCCCGAACCCGAUCGUGUUUCUUUCCGCCGCCUCGCAGCGGACCGGGACCGCGCGCAUGGUCACCGGCGCGGUGCUGCCGGUGUUCAACAACCCGCUCAAGCUGGCCGGCGAGAUCGGCAUGCUCGAUGCGAUCUCCGGCGGGCGGCUCGAGGUCGGCUUCGCGCGCGCCUUCCUGCCGCACGAAUACCGGCGCUUCGGCGUUUCGCUCGACGAAUCCGUCGCCCGCUUCGACGAGGGGAUGGCCCAGGUCCGCCGUCUGCUCGAAGAGGAGAACGUGACCGAGAAGGGGCAGUUCCACAGCUUCGAGAACGUCACCUCGCUGCCCCGGCCGACCCAGACGCCGCGGCCCAAAUUCUGGACCGCGGCCUUCACCACCCCGCAAUCCUUCGAGAAGGCCGGCCGCCAGGGCAACUGGAUCAUGGCGAUCCCGAUUUCCGGCGCGGCGAUGCGCGAGCUCUGCGACAUCUACCGCGAGGCGUGGGACAAGGCCGGCCACAAGGGCCAGGGACGGGUGAUGCUCGCCUUCCACAUGUACUGCCACGAAGACGCGCGCGAGGCGGCGCGGAUCGCCCGCGAUCCGCUCAACCGCUAUCUCGGCUCGCUGGUCGACGCGGCGUCGGACUGGAUCAGCGGCACCUCGUCGGCGGACUACAAGGGCUACGGCAAGAUGAUCGACGCCCUCAAGCAGGAGACCUUCGAGUCGCAGGUCGAGAAGGGCGCGGCCUGGGUCGGCACGCCCGGCCAGCUGGAAAGACGCAUGGAGCCCCACCGGAUCGACGUCCACCACCAUAUCCUGCCGCCGGACUAUGUCGCCACGGUGGGCGACGACCGGAUCGGGCCGCUGAUCCUCGCCGGCCGCACGCCGGAAUGGACGCCCGCGAUGUCGGUCGAGGCGAUGGACCGGAACGGCAUCGCCACCGCAAUCACCUCGAUCUCGGCGCCCGGGCUGUGGUUCGGCGAUAACGAGGAGUCGGUCCGCCUCGCCCGGAUCUGCAACGACUACGCCGCCUCGAUCCGCCUCGAUCAUCCGGGCCGGUUCGGCGUGUUCGCGUGCCUGCCGCUGCCCGACGUGGAUGCCAGCCUGGCCGAGAUCGCCCAUGCGCUCGACACGCUGAAGGCCGACGGCAUCGGCCUGCUCACCAGCUAUGGCGACCGCUAUCCCGGCGAUGCCGCCUUCCAGCCGGUGUUCGACGAGCUCAACCGGCGCCGCGCCGUGGUCUAUUUCCACCCCACCAACGCGCCUUGCAGCCAUGCCUGCCCGAGAUCCCGGCGGCGACGCUGGAUUUCCCCUUCGACACAACGCGCGCGGUGGUGA